UGCUCCUUUUCAACCCAGGCCAUUCUAGGGUUCUGUGAUUGUAGAACUCAAUCUGGAUAAUCAACAUCUGUGAAAGUAACAGUUUAAAAACACUUUCGGUUUCAUUUUCCUGCCAGGGAUGUUUUUUUAUUUCCUGCCAUAUGGAUGUGAGCUUCUCUAAGGAAUGUAGAAAAUUCAUUUUCAUAGUUGUUAUUGCAGAAUCACAAAAUUGUUUGAGUUGACGGACCUCUAAAGGCCAUCUGGUCCAACUCCCCUGCGAUGAACAGGGCUGGGGUACUGCUGGAUGGCAGCUGGACAUGAGGCAGCACUGUGCCCCCACGGCAGCUCCCUGUGCUCCCACAUCACUGAUUUGUGCACAGGGGACGUGGCUGCACAGGACCAGAUGAGCUGAGAGGGUCUCAAACAGCCCCACACAGCCCCACGUGCCCCACCCUGGUUUCCCAUUACCACACCACAACUCAAACUCAGAACUGACACAACUUCGAAGCCUGAUGGCAGUGAUUCUGCAGUGAUUUUCUCCUGGUCUCAGUUAAAUGUGCUUAAAAACACGGAGUUGAGAACCGCAAUGGAUGUGUGAGGAAAUCCCAAGGAGAGGCAGGCUGUGUGCAGCAUGCGGCCAGCAAGGCGGUAGGGAAACAGGAGCACAAAAAAAACUGCUCAGGACACAGAGGUUUUUCUUCAUUCAACAAAGCAACGUUGGGGGCUUUGUUUGCUUUUCUGCUGGUUUUGCUUUUUAGCAAUGGAUUUUUCUACAAGAAGAAAAAGGCUUUGGGGGAAUUGCAGCGCACGACGAUCCAAACAAACGCAGUGUCCACUAUGCAGGCACAGAAGCUCGUUUUGCUGUUUUGCUGAUGUGGUUCCCAUUUCUGGCAAUUGCUACCCCAUCCUCCCAAGCUCCAUGGUUCUUUUGUUCGUUCUUUCACGAGCUUGUUCUGGUUUUGGUGCAAACCAAACUAAAGCUCAUUUUCAUAGCACGAGGGAUGUGUGCCACAGGACCGGCUCCUGCCCAGUGUCUCUCCUCCAUAAACCUCCCUCAGAUGCACGUCCUGGCCAAGAAGGCAGCAGUGGUUUCCUGUAAGUGGGUGGGAGAGGAGGAACAAGGAAAGAACGUGACCACACCCCCAUGUAAUUACAACUGCGCAAUGGGAGAAGGAAGCCAGGCAUGCACAAGGUGACACCUAGAGAACGGUGGUCAGUGGUCAAUGGCUGCAUGUCUGGAUGGAGAUCAGGGACAAGUGGUGGCUCUCAGGGGUCCGUGCUGGGACUGAUGCUCUUUAAUAUCUUCAUCAGUGACACUGAGAGUGGGAUUGAGUGCCCCGUCCCUGCAGGCAGCCAAGGUCAGACGAGAUGGGCUGUGGGCACUGAUGGAGCUGCGGGUGUCCCUGUGUCCCUGUGCACUGCGGGGGGUUGGACUGGACGCCUCUGGGGGUCCCUUCCAACACAAACAGUUCUGUGAUUCUGUGGCUCUCCGUUACAAAUGAGAAGUGGCUGGAAGGCGUGUGCACCUGCAGCAUCACACUGCUGUGAUCUCACUCCACCCAGCCCCGUGCUGUGCCCACCGCCCACAUGAUGGGAGGUGAGGAAAUAUGUGGAUGCCUGCUUCCCUGUGCCAGGAGCUGGGUGAGAGGCAGCUUACGGGCAGGAGGGCAAAGGCUCCUGAGACCUGAGGGCAUUGCAGGUGUCCCAGCACAAGAACGGGAACACCUCAAAGAGCAGCAGCCUGGAACAGCCCCAAAAGCAGAAGGACUCCUCCGUCUGACACGUGCACAAGAACCCAUUGCCAUGGGCACUGCAGGUGCUGGCAGCUUAAAGGACAUUGAAAGAAGGCAGAUAAAUCACAAUUUUAUCUAUUAUCAAAUGGAGAAAAUCUCUCAGGGAAGAAGCUUUGGUGUCACAAAAGAGUUGAGAACCCCAAUGGAUGUGUGAGGAAAUUCCAAGGAGAGGGCAGGCUGUGUGCAGCAUGCAGCCAGCAAGGAGUGAGGGAAACAGGAGCACCAGAGCAUCCAGGGUGUGCAGACAGGAGCAGGCACAGGGCAGAGCCUGGAAGCAAAAGCGAGAUGGGCAGAAUUAGAGUGGGGGGAUUGAAAAAGCAGGAGAGUGGCACAGCCACGGGCAGGAGCUGGGAGUGGGGAACAGACCCACGAUACAGGGGUAGAAGCAGGCAUCUGCCUGUUUUGGCCAGCCUUGGCAUUGGGGAGGCGCACAGCUCUCUGCCUCCAUCAGGAGCCCGGGCUGUGGCAGUGCCCAGGUGGGAAAGCAAGGUGGGCAGGAGCUCCAGCCAUACCCUUGGUGCCCAUGAGCAGAGCCCCAAGCUCCCCUGGGGCUGUGUGGGGAAUGCUGUGGGUCAGCCUCACUGGAGGAAUCCAUUUCUGCCAAAGUUCUGCUUGCUUUGGAAACCCACUCUAAGCAAAAAACAAGCUUGAUUUAAUUUCCUUCCUCAUUCUAUCCCGGCACAGCGCCUUUGUGAGUUGGCAGGGAUGCUGGGGUUUUCCAGAGCCAUAAACUCCUGCAUGUUGUAACCUGCAGCAUUCCCCCGGAGCUGCCCAGGGCAGCAUUCCUGAAGCCACAGACACCCCCCAGGUGCCCAGCUUGGGCGGCUCCACGCCUUCCCUUGCCACCUACAGCUGCCAGAGCAGCUUUCGUUUUCAUUUUGUUCUCCAUUAGGUUUGCAGCAGCCGUGCAGCUCUGCCCUCUCCCUGCACUGAGAGCUGUGCAGACCCUGCGCAUAGCAGUAGCGUCCGGAGGAAGUGGAGGCCGUGGCUGUGCGUGCUGAGCACUGCUGCGUCCAUUGCCCACAGCACAGACAUCCCAGUGCCGAGCAUCACAGCUGCAUCUUGCUGCUGCUGCCCCCACUUCCUGCUUGCAGAUGCCCCAGGACCUGUCGACAAGGAGCAGCCCUGCUGCCCUGCUCAUCCCCGAGCCCCGUGCAGGGCGGGCACGGCAUGCAGCGUGCGUGCUGCUGGCUGUGUGCUUCGUGGUACUGUUCCUGAUUGGGGAGCCCCUGAUGCCCAUCACCUACCGUGCCUGCACCCAGCUGGCGGCCCUGCAGCUCGGGGUGCUGCUCAAGGGCUGCUGCUGCCUGGCAGAGGAGAUUUUCCACCUGCGCUCCAGGCACCAUGGCAGCCUCUGGCAGAUGCUGUGUGCCUGCUUUCCUCCACACUGGCACCUGGCCCUGCUCCUUGUCGGCGGCUCAGCCUACCUGGACCCUCAAGAGGACAACGGGCACAGCCCCCGCCUCGCCCUCGCCUGCCUGUGCCAGCUGCUGGUCCUUGCCCUCGGGCUGCAGAAGCUCUCAGCAGUGGAGGUGUCAGAGCUGACUGAGAGCUCCAAGAAGAAUGUUGCUCACGGCCUCGCCUGGUCCUACUAUGUCGGCUACCUGAAAAUAGUUCUGCCACGCCUGAAGGAGUGCAUGGAAGAGAUCAGCAGGGUCAACCCCAUGCUGCGGGCACACCACGACACCUGGAAGCUCCACAUCCUGGUCCCACUGAACUGUGACAUCUGGGAUGACCUGGAGAAGGCUGACAGCAACAUCCAGUACCUGGCAGACCUUCCUGAGACCACCCUGACCCGGGCAGGCAUCAAAAGAAGAGUCUACAGACAGAGCCUGUAUAUGAUCAGGGAUAAGGACAACAAGCCCAGGCCCUGCGUGCUGGAGUUUGCGUCCCCGCUGCAGACGCUGUACGCCAUGGCGCAGGAUGAGUGUGCAGCCUUCGGCCGGGAGCAGCGGCUGGAGCAGGCCCGGCUGUUCUACAGGACGCUGCGGGACAUCCUGGGCAGCUCCAGGGAGUGCGCGGGGACGUACCGCCUCAUCGCCUAUGAAGAACCGGCAGAGGCCGAGAGCCACUUCUUGUCCAGACUGAUCCUCUGGCACCUGCAGCAGCAGCAGAGUGAGGAGUACAUGGUGCAGGAGGAGCUUCCCCUGGGCACCAGCUCCAUGGAGCUCAGCCUGCAGGUCAGCUCCUCUGACCUCCCCCAGCCUCUGCGCAGUGACCGCCCCUGAGCCCAGUGCUCCCCUGGCACCCAGGAGCAGCUGCCUGCGGCCCCGAGGCACGCUUUCCAGUACCAUUUGUGUUGUGUAUUUCUCAUGUACACACAUGAAUGUUUGGUGUGUUCUAA